CCAGCGUGUCCCGGGGCCGGCGGGGCCGGGCGGGCGCCAUGGGCCCGGCCCGCCGCAGGGACGCGCUCCGGCUGCGCGGUGGAGGGUCCCCGCCGCUCCUGCGGCUUUUCCCCGGUCGCUUCUCCGCCUUCCCGCUGUUCCUCCUGGCGCUGCUGCUGGGCUUCGCUUCGCUGCUCUGGCUCCAGCUCAGCUGCUCGGGCGAGGGGCCGUCGGUGGGUGGGCAGCACCGGGGGGUUCCCCGGCAGCCCUGCCCGCCCCCAGCCCCGCUGCAGCCGCCCGAGGAGGAUCCGGCGUGGGGGCCGCACCGGCUGGCGCUGCUGGUGCCCUUCCGAGAGCGCUUCGAGGAGCUGCUGGCCUUCGUGCCCUACAUGCACCGCUUCCUCAGCAAGAAGAGGAUCCGCCACCGCAUCUUCAUCCUCAACCAAGUGGAUCACUUCAGGUUUAACAGGGCAUCCCUGAUCAACGUGGGCUUCCUGGAGAGUGGAAACGACACCGACUACAUUGCCAUGCAUGAUGUGGAUCUCCUCCCCCUCAACGAGCACCUGGACUACAGCUUCCCAGAGGCAGGGCCCUUCCACGUGGCAUCCCCUGAGCUGCACCCGCUCUACCACUACAAGACCUACGUGGGUGGCAUCCUGCUGCUCACCAAGCAGCACUACGAGUUGUGCAAUGGCAUGUCUAACCGCUUCUGGGGCUGGGGACGGGAGGACGAUGAGUUUUAUCGACGUAUCAAAGGAGCUGGUCUCCAGGUUCGUCGUCCCUCUGGAAUCACAACUGGAUAUGAGACUUUCCAGCACCUGCAUGACCCAGCCUGGAGGAAGAGAGACCAGAAGCGCAUUGCUGCGCAGAAGCAGGAACAGUUUAAGGUGGAUCGGGAGGGAGGCCUGAACAACGUGAGGUACCGAAUCGAGUCACGGACAGAUCUGAGCGUGGCAGGAGCCCCUUGCACCGUCCUUAAUAUCUUGCUGGACUGUGACACAAACGAGACCCCCUGGUGCACGUUUGGCUGAGCCUGUCCCCGCGUGCCCGUCGUGUGCUCUGUGCUGGUGCCAAGACUCCGUGGCUGCUGUGGAGCUGCCUGGAGCAGGCAGGGUUUUUACAGUGGAUGAGCACGGCCGUGCUGGCGAGACACAGAGGAACAGAAGAGGCUGAGGACUGGACUUUGCUGGGAGCAACAGAAGAGCUGAGAGUGGGACUCGCUGAUAUCGCUGCAGGCGCUGGUGCUGCCUCCCAGGGCAGGUGCAGGAGGUGGCUUUCCUGUGCUGGACAUGGCUGAGCUGCCACGCAGCUCAGAGGACAAUAAAGAACU